GAAUUGUUCAUACUUACCGUACAGCCAUUUCUUUGUUUACAAAUUUCUAAAGUUUUUGACGUGUAAGAAAAGCGUUAAUAUUCUUGUUAAAAAAAACUUUAAUUCAAUUUUCUGUUUGUAUGAUUAUUAUCUUUUGUUAUAAAACUUGUUUGUUACAUUGAAAGAUGGCGCACCGUGACAAUUUAAAAACUUCUUUGAAUGGAAGAACGUCAGAAUCUGAAGAAGGAGAAAUAGAUGAUGAUUCACCUAAGUAUGAGCCUAAUCAGACUGACGAUGAUAGCUCUAGUGUAAAUUCUGAAGAUGAAGAAGAUGAAGUACUGGAUAUAAAACCUCCUCCAGCUAUACGGAAAUCUGAAAUUUCUAAAAAAGAUGAUAAAAAGAAAAGUAGACACAGGAAACAUGACUCUCACAAGCGGAAACAUCAUCACAAACGACAAAGAAGUUCUCAUGCAGAAAGCUCAUCACGGGAUAGAGAAUCGAGUACAAAGAAAAAAAUUGAAAUAGACAGCCAUAACCACAGAGAAAGAGAUAGACAUAAAGAGGAUAUUCGAGUUGUAAAAGAUGUUAGAGAGGUGAGACUAAGUAAAGAUGUACGAGAAGUGAGACUGAAUAAAGAUAUUCGAGAAGUGAGACUGAGUAAAGAUAUUCGAGAAGUGAGGCCGAGUAAAGAUAUUCGAGAAUCCAGGGGAGAAUUUAGUGAUACUAAAGUCAAGGAUGAAAAACUUGUAGAUAAUUUUGAUGUUAAAAAAAAGGAAUGGAGGGAAAAACGUUUGAAUUUCAUGGAGAAGAAGCGAGAACAAAACAGAAAUCAACCUGAUAGUUCAAGGUCAGCAAAAGAAUUUGUAUCUAAUGGCAAAGAUUUAAGAGAUAAACUGAGAGACAGAGAACGACAACAAAAAGAAAAAGAAAGACGUCUAGAAAGAUUUCAAAGUCCAUCCAAAAAUAUAAAGCACAUUCCUUCAUCAAUUGUUGUAAACAAUAGAGAAAAAGAGAACGAAAAAGUUCUAGGACCAGUCAUAAAUGAAGAACCAAUGGACUAUGAAGAGGAAAAUACUGAUGAUAAGCGAAAUGCUAAAGACAAAACUGAAAGUGAAACUGACAGUAAGUCUGAAAGUUCUACAGAUAGCGAAUCUGAAAGCAACACAGAUAGUAAAAGUGAAGCUUCUAGUCAGAGUUCAGAGGAAGAAAAUGAAGAAUCAGGAGAUGAUGGAUCAGCUGAUGAAUCAUCUGAUUCUUCGUCUUCUGAUGCAGAAGAAAAGGCAAAGGUAAAUGAAGAUAACAAAUCAAGUAAAAAUGAUGUUCCUGCAAAAGUGGAACCAGUCAUAAAAAUGAAAGAAAUAUUUUCUACUUAUCUGCCUGCCAUUCAAGGUUGUAGGAGUGUUGAUGAAUUUAAUAGUUUAACUCGCAUUGAAGAAGGAACAUAUGGCGUUGUGUAUCGUGCAACAGAAAAGGCAACAGGUGAAGUUGUAGCCUUAAAACGGUUAAAAAUGGAAAAGGAAAAAGAAGGAUUUCCUAUCACUUCACUGAGAGAAAUAAACACCUUGCUAAAAGCACAGCAUCAAAAUAUUGUAUCUGUCCGUGAAAUAGUUGUUGGUAGCAACAUUGACAGAAUAUACAUAGUCAUGGAUUAUGUUGAACAUGACCUGAAAAGCUUAAUGAGAACUAUGAAGGAACCUUUCAAAAUUGACGAAGUAAAAUCUUUGAUACUUCAGCUUUUGAGAGCAGUUGCCCAUCUCCAUGACAACUGGAUACUCCAUCGAGAUCUGAAACCUUCUAAUUUGUUGUUGAGUCAUAAAGGAACUCUGAAGGUUGGUGACUUUGGUCUUGCAAGGGAGUAUGGAUCUCCUUUGAAAUCAUACACACCCGUAGUUGUCACUCUAUGGUACAGGGCACCUGAGUUACUUCUGGGGGCAAAAAAAUAUUCCACAGCUAUUGAUAUGUGGUCAGUUGGGUGCAUUUUUGCAGAACUACUUACACUGAAACCACUUUUUCCCGGUGAAUCUGAGAUGGACCAACUCAAACGAGUAUUUAAAGAGCUUGGUACUCCAAGUGAAAAAAUAUGGCCCGGUUUUAAUGAACUUCCUUUGGUGAAGAAAUUGGCUUUUGCUAACUAUCCAUACAACAGGCUAAAACACAGUCUUCCCUCCACUCUGAGCAAUGCUGGAUUUGAUCUUAUUAAUAAAUUAUUGACAUAUAGUCCAGAUAAGAGAUUAACUGCAGAAAAAGCCAUAAUGCAUGAUUUUAUUGAAAAAAAUCAUGAGAGUGAAGUGAGUGAAAAAAAUACAAUGGCUGAAGCUGUUGCCCGUUACAACUCAAUUGGAACUAAUGAUGAUCAAUCUGCUCAAGGAGGUGGAUUUAGCUUAAAGUUUUAACAAUGUAAAUAACUAUGAAACUUGUAAAUUAUGUAAUAAAGAUUUUCAUUUUUUUAAUUAA